UAAAUUCCGCAGCUUUAUCGCUCUUCGAUUAAUGAUUUGCCAGAGCCAAGACCUCCAUUAUCUUAUCCAGCAGUAAUAGCUAACACUGCUCACUUAUUUUGGUAGAAAUAUACGACGUAAGACGUUUAUGAAAAUUGAACAAAGACCGGUCAAAAAAUGCGAGAAUUAGUGUGCGUGAAAGAUUUUGAAGACUACGCUUACAAAGUGCUACCUAGAAACGCUUUGGACUAUUACAGGAGUGGUGCGGGCAGGGAAGAGACAUUAAAAGAAAACAGAAGAGCUUUUUCAAGAUAUAAACUUCGUCCCCGAUGUCUAAGGGACGUGUCCAAAAGAGACCUAUCCACGACCGUGAUGGGACAGAAAGUUUCCAUUCCAGUGGGGAUUUCACCCACGGCUAUGCAAAGAAUGGCUCAUCCAGAGGGAGAGUGUGCCAAUGUGCGAGCUGCACAAGCUAUGGGAACGGUAUUUAUUUUAAGUACAAUAGCUACUAGUAGUGUAGAAGAAGUAGCAGAAGCAGCACCUCAAUGCACCAAAUGGUUUCAACUCUAUAUUUAUAAAGACAGAGAAUUGACAAAAAGUUUGGUAAGGCGAGUUGAAAAAGCUGGCUUCAAAGCAUUAGCGUUAACUGUAGAUACUCCUAUUUUUGGACUUAGAUUAGCAGAUAUGAGGAAUAAGUUUCAGUUGCCAUCUCAUUUAAAAUUGGCUAAUUUUAUCGGCAGUAAGGCCUCAGUGACGAACGAAAAGGGAAAACUGACUGGUUCCGCUAUAAACGAUUUAGGUAGCUUAUUUGACGCGACGCUAGACUGGCGUGACAUCGCUUGGCUGAAAUCGAUAACAAAACUUCCCAUUGUCCUCAAAGGUAUUCUAACAGCCGAAGAUGCCAUUAUUGCAGCCGAUGUCGGCAUUGCCGGCAUUCUCGUUUCAAAUCAUGGAGCUCGACAGGUGGACGGAACAUCGUCAACGAUUGAAGCCCUAGAUGAGAUAUCUAAAGCAGUUGGAGAUAGAGUAGAAAUAUAUUUGGAUGGUGGUGUUACAGAUGGCACAGACAUAUUCAAAGCUUUAGCAUUAGGUGCUAAAAUGGUUUUCGUUGGAAGGCCCGCUCUUUGGGGUUUGGCUUAUGGUGGUGAGGAAGGAGUGAAGAAAGUUUUGGGUAUACUUAAAACGGAAUUCGAUUAUACCUUAGCUCUUACAGGUUGUGCUAGUAUUGGGGACAUUAAAAGGAACAUGGUUGUACAUGAAUCGUAUUACUCAAGACUUUAACUACAAUUACUAUAAAACUUGUAGUGAAUCUUUGAAUAAAUGCCCUACACUAUUCUA